AAAUUUCAUGUUGCGUACUACAAACAAAGGGUGAGCUUGGCAAUUUAAACAAAAAAAAAAAAAACAAUUUUCAAUCAAAAUUUGAAAAAGAGCGAAUUCUAUUAUACAGUAAUCUAUGUGAAUUGUAUUAUUCAAAAGCAUGAUAGAAGCAAAUGUGUCAUACAGGAAAAUUUACAUUUGAUAUUAUUAAUAGAGAAUAUUAUUGGUAUCAAUGUGUCCCUGAGCGCCUUUUGAGCUGGAGGAUUUCAAUUAAAUGAAGUUUAAAAAGCAACAAUUUCUUAUUGAAAAAUAGCAGAAAAUGUAUUGUGCGUGCCCUGGCUAUGAUUGGCUGUGAAAGCGACAAAGGCGGGAAGGAAUCUAAAAAAGUUUGGCUGCGAUUGGCUGAAUGCCAAAAGGCGGGCGGUCGUACAGUAAGACAUGCUGCGAUUGGCCGACCGCUUCACGGUGGCGCACACUACCAGUGUGUUGUGGAAAAAACGCCGGCCGGGAGGUUCGAGUGAAGUGCUGGUGACCCAAAAGCUCCGCGCGCGUUCGGUUUGUCGGCACACGAAACGGAACCGGGCCGACCGGCUGGUUGAAAAGCGUCGAAGUCGGAGGAGACGGAGGCUGGCCAACAUGCUUAAGCAGCAGCAAAAGCAAAACGCGGCGUCUCACGUGAAACGGCCCAUGAACGCCUUCAUGGUUUGGUCCAAAAUGGAGCGCAAGAAGAUCAUGCAGCAGUCCCCUGAAGUGCACAACGCCGAGAUCUCCAAGCGGCUCGGCAAGAGGUGGAAGUCGCUGGACAAGUCCGAGAAGGGACCGUUCAUCCGCGAGGCUGAGCGACUGCGCCUGCAGCACAUGGCCGACCACCCGGACUACAAGUACCGGCCCAGGAAGAAGACGAAAACUGGAGAGGCGGUCGGCAGGAGCGGCCGAGGAGCCAGCAAGCAGUCCAACCCGCAACAGAGGCAGGGUUGCCGCUUCGCGCUCAAGCGGGACUUCAACGACUCGACCGACGAAGAACCUGCCCCAGAACCGGAAGAAGAUUCGGUUCGGCUCUUCUAUAGCUUAAAGAACAUCACCCGCCAGGCGUCGGGGACCUUGUACCUGGCCUCGUCGUCGUCGUCCUCUUCAGAGUCCAAUUCGUCUUGCUGUGGAGACGACCUGGAGCCCGACCAGCAGGACCCGUUCCCGCUCAGCCCAGCCCCUUCGGAACCGGGCAACCUGAGUCUCUCUCUCGUGGACAAGGACUUGGACCUGAGCGGUACUGAGCGUGGCCGCGGGUCUCAUUUCGAGUUUCCGGACCACUGCACGCCCGAAUUGAGCAGGAUGAUCACUGGAGACUUCUCGGACCUUGUGUUCACCUACUGAGCCUGAAGUGACAAAAAUGGCGAUUUCUUUUUUUUUUUUUUUUUUUUUUUUUAAAUAGUUUUCCUUUUCACCUGAACUUGAAAUUUAUUUUCCUAUGUUUUCCACGCACUUUGUAGCAAUUUGACCUAAAAUGCUGCGAGGUUUUUGUGAUCACGUGACAGAUUUUCUGAUUUCUGCUCCGUUUUAUGACAUUUGAAAAACGUGACAAUAAAUCAGGUGCGAC